AUGUCUUCUGUAAAAGCUGUUCGACCGAUCCUUUCGUUAAAUCACGCUGAGGCCAGACGACGCGUACUCAAUCUCUACCGGGCCUGGUAUAGACAGCUACCGUUCAUAGUAAAGGAAUACGCAUUCAGCCAAGCGAAUGUGACUGUUCCCAUUUUGCAUGCCAAGCUACGCGAGGAAUUCAACAAAAACAAACACGUGUCCGAUCUGCGUAUCAUUGAUCUGUUGAUUCAUCGCAACGAACUGAUUGAAGUGGCACACAUUUGGAAGUCAGAUACGCAACUCAUGGACUACUUCAGGGAUAAUGUCCCGGAAAAACCAAAGGAUUUCCUCAGCAAGUUCUUGCGUGGUCAUGAAGUAUGA